AUGAAAAACGGGAGCAUAAAUACGCAAAGCAAAAAUGAGAAUAAGAAGACACCAUUAAAGCAGGACACAAUAGCACAUUUAAAACUUCCCGACAAGGAGGCCUGCUUUAAUAAUUUCAUCAUAGAAAAAUUCGACAACAUAAAUGACAUAAGUUUAUAUUUGAGGGAGUCCAAUAAUUUAGCUGAUAGUGCACAGCAGGUGGGAGGGGACGAUGUGUUUAUGGUAGAUCUUAUCGGAGCGGCCGAUGAGGGGGCGCUUAAAAAUGGUCAUUUGGGAAGUUCCCAUGGGAAAAGUAGCAGAGCUAGGAGAGGCAGACCUCCUAGGGUCACCCUCCCCACGAUGACUACCAGAAAUAAGAGCAAGAGUCAUCUUAACGGUAACCACGUUAUCAGUAAUCACAUAAGCAGUAAUCACAUAAGCAGUAAUCACAUUAGCAGUAAUCACAUUAGCAGUAAUCAAAUAAGCAGUAAUCACAUUCGUGGUAAUCGUAUGAGGGGCUACCGCUCGAGGAAUAAUUGCUCACACAGUGAUAACACCCCAAGUAAACUCUACCCAGGUGACCACCUCGGUGGUGACCAUUAUGCAAGUGAUUUUCCCCUAGACAUCCUCACAAACAGUAACCAAAAUGGCAGCCUGAGCGGCCGCUAUAAGAGGAUGUUAGAAGGAGAGGGUAGAAGUCUGCGCAAGAAAAAGCCAGAGGCGAAGAAAAAAUUGACCAACGAACAUUAUGAAGGGGGGGAAAAGGAAAAACGGAAGAGAAGAAGCAAAAGUGAUAUGAACCGAAGGGGUAGGAAAAAAAAAAAAAAGUCAAGUGAUAAAGGGGAAUUUAGUAACGCCUAUCAAAGGUUAGGCAUAAAGAAUAAUAUGAUCAAUAAGAAUUACUCAAAAAGGAGGAAUAAAUUGCAAAAGGGUUCUUCAGUUAGGAAGAAAAUGCACCUUAGGAGGGGGCAAUUAUCAUCCACCAGCAGCAGCAACGAUGGGGAAUUCAAAGCAAACAAGUACCUCCUUGACAAAAUAUUUCUGUCUCUGAAAAAGAAGGGCAAUUCAAUGGAACAACAGAACAACAAUUUCUAUAUUGAAUGUGAUGGAAGUGCUGAUUUAGACACUGGGGGGGAGGCGGACACGGAUUUGGAGGUAUUCGAAAGGGGUGCACUGGACAAUUUCCCUGUUGGUGUAUCUUCUGGCGUCCCUGCUAAGGUUAAGUUCUCUACAUCCAGCGGUGCAACGAGAAGGGCGGCUUUAGGCCCCCCCGAUGGAGGCACCAGUUCCUAUGCAGACAACGCACUGGACGAAUACUACCCGACCAACCCGCAAAAGAGUCUGCUUCUCCGAAAAAACAAUUACUACACACAUUACAACAAAAGGAAGGCGAACAAAAGGAGUAACGUAAACCAUUUGUACAAAUAUGCUGAUAGUAAUUAUAAAUACCACCAACCGGGUGAUCUAAAAAAUGGAAGAAUCUUCUCCUCCUCCAAACGUGGCAAUAACAAUGUAGAAUACGACUGCAUAGGGUUCGUAUGUGAUGAGGAGUACAUGUGUCAAAAUCUGCACUUUGACGAAAAUCACGUGGAAAGUCCAGACAGAAUAAAAUGCAUUAUAAAAGCCUUGAAAGAAAAAAAUGUAAUAAAUAAAAUGGUUCAAAUAAAAUGCAGAGAAGCUUUAUAUGAGGAGAUUAAAGAAUGCCAUACUAGUACUCAUAUUAAUAAUAUCUUCUAUUCCCUAAAAAGAAAAUUAAAGUACAACAAGAAGGACGUUAUAUAUCCCUUUGAUAAACACGACACAUAUUAUACGUCUUACACGGGAACAGUUUCGAAGAGGGCAGUUGGGGGACUGUUAAAUCUUUGUGAUGUAAUUUUGUCUAAUAAGAAUGAAAAGUUUAAAUACAUUGAUUUUAAAAAAUCCUUUCGGUACAAUUAUAACUUUUUUAGGAAUAUUCCACCAAACGGGGUAAGAGGCUUUUUACGGAACAGAAUUAAUCACAACAGUCAUUUCAAACGCUCCAAGUCGGAGAGCAACCUGUAUGUGAUGAGUCCGUUCGAGGAGCACGACAUCGGCCUUAGCGAAAACAACGGCGGGGUAAACCAUGUUCGGAGUAACACCAAAAAUAAGAAACCCACCAAUGCUGCUCCUAAAAGGGGUACUCAUAAAACUGUUAGUACGUCCAACUACUGCUACAACUGGAACCAGGCCCAGAGUGAAAGGCCUCCAAAUGAAGACCCUUCUACCCUCGAAGAACCUAAUAAAGAGGAGAGUAUCGCCUGCCUUGGUGAGGCCACCCCACCGGAGCAACAAGAGGCAGAUACCCAAUUAGCGAACGUGAUUGAAGAAAUGCCCCCCACGAAUAAUCAAACGAAUAAUCACACGAAUAACCCCACGAAUAGGGAAGAAGUGCCCGUUUUUAACAAACAGUUUAGGAGCUACUCAACUUCCAUAUGUAGCGCUAAGGAGUGCACUACCAGUAGCAGCUCCUUCACCGACAUCAACUGCGGAUUUGCUGCCAUAAGACCGCCCGGUCACCACUGCAGUAGAAGUAGCCCCUCCGGUUUUUGCAUAUUCAACAAUAUCAGUGUAGCGUGCAAAUAUAUUUUUAAAAAAUAUGGGAUAAGGAAAAUCUUCAUUUUCGAUUGGGAUGUGCACCAUGACAACGGGACGCAAGAAAUAUUCUACAGUGACAAGGACGUCUUGUGCUUUUCGAUUCACAGGUUUGAUAAGAAGAAGAAUGAUGGGAAGAAGAAGAAAGGUGCUAACUCCGCUGCCGGAGGGGGGACGACCAACGGUGAAAAGGGGAAGAGUAACAAAGGCAGGAAGGCAGAAAUCAACAAAGGUUUAUGUAAAACGUUUAAAUCGGACACUAAAGGUUCCUCUAUAUUGGAUCCCAUCUUGAGCACAACACAGGGUGCCUUAUCAACCACACUCGACAACAGAAAGGUCGCUACUAUUUCCGGCGAACCUCCAAGUAAUGCCACACAUACAGAUGAUAGGAAAAAGAAGAUGAAAAAGAAGAGGAAAGAAAGGGGAACCAAAGAGAAAAAGAAUCUUAAAUCUUAUGAAGAAAAUUUAUUUUAUCCUCGCACAGGAGCGAAAAACGAAUUGGGAAGUAAAAGUGGAUACAAGUUUAACAUUAAUGUGCCUCUCGAAAAAGGGUACAACAAUUGCGAUGUUUACUAUGUGUUUAAAUAUCUACUCCUUCCUGUAUUGGAAACUUUUCAGCCUGAAUUUAUUUUCAUAUCGUGUGGGUUCGAUGCUUCUAUUAAGGACCCCCUGGGGGAAUGUAACCUCACACACAAUUUUUACCAGUGGAUGACUUUGCAGUUAAAAAAUUUCGCCGACAUUUUCUGCAAAGGAAGAAUUAUCCUAGUGUUAGAAGGUGGGUACAAUUUGAAUUACCUUCCCAAGUGCACCCUAGCGUGUAUAAAAGCGUUAAUCAAAAAGAACAAAAAUAGGAAGGAGUACCCCCCCAAGCAGAACUACAAAUGGGGUGGGAAUACAUCCACUGAUGGGGGAAUGAUCACAAAGGGGGACGGAUUAUCGACGGUUACCCCAACUAAUGGAGUUCUCACAAUGGAGGGAGCCCUUCCGAAGGGUGUUAAAAUUAGUGAACCAAACGGCUCACCAAACAGGUCACCUAGCAGAGACGAAUUAACCCCCUCCAGCGAUUCCGCAUUUAGGAAAAUGCAAAAUUGGAUACAAGUAAAACAUGGAAGUCUCAUCAAUAACAUCCGCAAAAAUAACGACCACGUUAAUUUUUACAAGUUCAAAUGCUCCUCAGAUUAUUAUAAGACGUCAACCAUGCCUUUUAAACACGUGAAAGGGAAGACAUACACUAGUAGCAUGACGUCCAAGAAGAAGGAGCUCAUCACAACGGGGAUGCUUCACUACUCCACGUAUAAGGUAAUAAAAUACUUUCUGUGCAUCCUCAAAGGGGAUCCAUUCCACCUUAAUAUUAAACUACCACCGUACAAUUCUUUUUUAAAAAAAAAAGGACUAGAAAAUAAAAAGUCAAGUCUUGAAAGGAAAAUUAGUAUAUUCAAAAAGGUGGACAGCCGAUCAGAUCAUCUUCGCCAUGACGGAGGUAAUUACUCCCAUUAUGGAGAAAGCUAUUAUGACAAUGGUCUCCAUGGGGGGGAUAGUGGCAUCCCUUAUGAUGCCCCAUAUGAUGAAGAGGACGGUGGAAUCAUGAAUUCUUACAUGAAGAAAAAAAUAGAGCAAUUGAACAGAUACAACGAAACGUACAAGAAGCAGUACUCCCUUUCGUCCACCACCAUUUCAAACUUGUCCCACAGCGAUCUCUACAUUUCCAACGACGAAUUUGACUGCAACAGCUCGGACAGUAGCAAAACCAGUAAAAGAAAAGUGAUCCUACUGAAUAAGCUAAAAUUGAAAAUAAGUAAAAAUGACAAUAUGAGUAGUGCACCGACUGCAUCUCGACCCUUGCCGAAGAUUGAAAAAAAGAAGCGCAAGAGGAAGAAGCAGAAGCAAACGUUUCCCAUUCUUAGUAACAACAACCGAAAAAUGAAUGGAAUAGAAAUAUGGGACCUCACCAAUAUCCCUGAGGACGAUGACAUAAUAAACGUCAAUAAGCACAAUAGCAAUGAAAGGGCUGGUCGGGCACGUGAGAUCAGUAGAAAGGGAUCCAGGGCGCCUCCCAAUUUGAUUAGCACCACGUGUCCUCCCCACCAGAACGACCAUCAGGAAGACCACCUUGGCUUCGAUCUAACGAACUUGAAGUACUGCCGAAAUCAACUGCAGAACUCCUUCACCAUGUAUACCCAGAGAAAGAAAGGAUUCAUAUUUUUCUACGGUAGUGGACAUAGAAACCAAUGGGUUCUACCUGCACAUAAGAAAAUUACGCGCAUAAUUAAGCUUUGCUCCGAAUUAGAAGCCUAUUUCUAUGCGUGGCUGUAUCUAUGCUGCGGGAAAAAAAUCUGCAUUUCUGGUACGAUGGUGGAUUAUGCCUCCAUCCUCGAAGGUAAGGUGACCGUGGAGGGCCUCUCUCUAAGCGUUCAUUCGUCUGAAGGGCAGAAAAGGCAAGCCGAGGAGUUAUUGAAAUUUACCGUCCCGUGUUACCAUUCCUUUUUAAAGAAAACGCAGUUGCUCCAGCUGGGUUACCAGGAAGGGGCUCCUCAAAGUGUUGAUGCACUACACGUGGUAGAGGAAAGUCAUGAAGGGAGCGCCGCAAAGGAUGCAACAGGAGGUAACCACCAAUGGAAAGAACAAACCGUAGAUGGUGAAUUACACGAGAAGGAGGAAGGCAAAAGCAACCAUGAUGAUAAAUCAGAGGAAAACUCGAAAAAUAGCGUCGCGAUGCUAAAUUCUGGUGAAAUUUGUACAAGCCAAAGUAGCUGCUCAUUUGAGCAGAAUGACAACGAAAAAAAUCUGAUGGAGCACAAACGAAGUGGCAGUGUGAUCGACCAACCAAGCAGCACAAAACAGAGUGAACCACCAUUAAAAAGUGAGAAAAAUAAAACGGCCAUUUGUUUAGCCAAUGUGUUAAGUAAAAUGAGACACCCGUGUGUGAUGGAUGUAAAAAUGGGGGUCAGGUUAUAUGGUGAUGACUGCGCUAAGGAUUCUAUACAGAAAAAAAUUCAAAAGGCCAAGAGCAGAUCCUGUCUGUCACACGGAUUCCAUUUAACAAGCCUAAUUGGUUGGGACAAAAGAAAGGAAGAACCUUUUUUCAUAUCAAAGGAGGAUGCUCAUUCGAUAAAAAACGAUGACGCUUUUGUGGAUGCGUUCAUGUCGUACUUCUUAGCAUGUGAUAAUGUACACAUUUCUAAAAUGUUGUUAAAGAAGCUGCUUCUCGUUUUAGAACACAUGAAAGCUUUCUUUGAAUCCCAGCAGCUAUUUGCCUUCUACGGGACUAGCUUGUUAUUUGUCUUCGAUUCGGAUCCCUCCAAGAAUAAGAUCGAUGGGGAAGGGACUUCCCGGGUGGCAGAAAACCCAACUAGCGAGGUGAUAGAUCUAACUGAUGUGAACAACAUCAGCCUCGCUGUUCAUCCAGAAGAAGGAAAAAGCAACAAAAAGGAAAAGGAAGACCACGAAGAUAUUUUCAACUUUAGGGAAAAAAUGCAGAAAAUUUUUGAAGAUUCCCUAACAUUGGAAGAAAGGGACAUAUACAUGCAGAAAAAAUUAAAUUACAAAAUUUUGAAAAGCGCCAAUAUAUACAUAAUCGAUUUUGCCCAUGCUAGUUUUAAUAGAAAUGAAAAAGAUGAGGGGUUCCUUCUCGGAAUAACAUCCCUUUAUCGUAUCAUGAAAAAAACGAUUCAAAGGAUUGAGGCCCUUUAUCUUGCCUAG